AUGUCCUCAUCAGAAACAAGGUCGCCGUUGCCAUUUCUGUUUCGAAGACGGUCGAGUGGAGAUAUCAGAAAGAAUUUAGCCUCAGUUUCGAGCAGCCUUUUACCAGCUUUUGGAACCGUUGUUGAUGAUGGUUACUUACACUUGAAGAAAUAUGUUAUCGCUCCUUAUGAUAGAAGAUACCGGUGGUGGCAAACGUUCCUUGUGGUGCUGGUGGUAUACUCGGCAUGGGCAUCUCCUUUUGAGCUGGCAUUUACGAAAGUGGCUACGGGAGGACUUUUGCCUGUCGAUUUGGUGGUUGACGCAUUCUUUGCCGCUGAUAUCGUCCUAACUUUCUUCGUGGCUUAUUUGGACAAUUCGACCUAUCUUCUGGUGGAUGAUCACAAGAAAAUUGCAGUACGGUAUAUCACCAGGUUAAUGUUCCCAAUGGACGUAGCCUCAACUCUGCCAUUCCAAAUCAUAUACAGAAUCUUCACCGGCACAAUGCACGAAGGAGAGGUCUUCGGUUUCCUCAACUUGCUUCGGCUUUGGCGGCUCAGGCGUGUCAGUGAACUCUACAAAAGGUUACACUAUUUGCUGUUCACUCGGCAGGAUGCUUUUACUACUGGCUUGCUGCCCAUCAUCAAACAGCAGAGGAAUGCCAUCAAUCAGAUAUUAAGAUAUGCGAGCAAGAAUAGACUUCCAGAAGGGUUGAAAGAGCAAAUGCUAGCCCACAUGCAACUCAAGUUCAAGACAGCAGAGUUGCAGCAAGAAGAGGUGUUAGAGGACUUGCCAAAAGCAAUCAGAUCUAGCAUUGCUCAACAUCUUUUCCGUGGUGUGGUUGCAAACACCUACCUAUUCAAAGGAGUAUCCGAAGACCUUAUUACCCAGUUGGUAUCAGAAAUGAAAGCAGAAUAUUUUCCUCCUAAGGUUGAAAUUAUUUUACAAAACGAGAUUCCUACGGAGUUUUAUAUCUUAGUAUCUGGAGCAGUGGAUGUGCUGGUGUACAAGAAUGGAACAGAGCAGGUUUUGUCAAAACUAGGACCUUCAGAUGUGGCAGGGGAAAUUGGGGUUGUGUUCAACAUCCCACAGCCUUUUACUUUGAGGACCAAGAGACUGUCGCAGUUCAUCCGGCUCAGUCAUCAUCAUCUCAAGCAAAUGGUGCAGCCCCAUAGCCAAGAUGGAAAAAUAAUAAUCUCCAACUUCAUUCAGCUAUGUGAUGUUACAGUAGCCAUUGACACAUCCUCAAAAACAAUAUCUGCAAUCUGA